AUGGCAUCUGCUCUUGCACCACAAGAGAGUGGAAGAGCGAUCAAUGUUGUCUGGAGCACAAGAAUCUUGAAAGAAAAUGUGGUCAAAAAUCUGAAGAAGGGGAAAAUAAGAGUGCAGCGAAUUAUAGAAGAGAUGGGUCACGGUCACCAGGAACCUUUCAAGAUUCCGCAUUACUCUAUGUAUAAUAACUAUAGAGAGUUUCCGGAAUUAGCUGCUCACGAAAAACGGCUUGCGCAGAUCGGCCUUAAGGACAAUUGGAUUAGGAAUUAUGUCUUUCUAUUCGAUCGUGAUAUGCCUCACGUCCGUGGACAAUGGAAUCAUUUCAAAAGACUGUUCUCCUGGAUGGAAAAUCGGUGUUGGUAUUGCUGUGGCGAUGAUCGCCGGCUUAUGUCAGCCCUCGAAGCGUUCGUAAAUGAGCAAAAGAAAAAGGCAGGUGGAAGUGCAUUGAGUGGUGGGAUCAGUUCUUCUUCGUUCAGCUCAUUUAGUGAUUUGAGGAGCAAACUCACUUCUUCCUUAAGCGGGUUGCCUCUACUCUCACGUUCGGAGACGGCCGAUUCAGAGUCGCUGACGGGUGAGCUGGGUGGAGAUGGACAACUGCCGAAUACGAAAAAUAGAAAAAAUGGAGGAUGGUUUUCAUCUGGAGAUGAAAGCUUCUUUGGAUUGACGCGCACACAACGAGUAUUUGCCUUUUUCCUCUCAUUGAUGGGCUCAAUUUUCUGCUUCUCAACUGUGGGUUUGGUCGCUUUUAUAUUUUGCUCACAAUCAAAAAUUGACCAGUAUACUCUUCUCGCUUCAAUACUCAUGCCACGUGCGUGA